ACGCAGCCCCCUCCCGCCCGAGUGACAACUGGCCAGCGUACUCUUGGCUGUUGUCCCUUUAAAGCUCGAAUCCAAGGGGGUAAUGAUUUAUCAAACUUGUAUUAUCAAGAAAAUGUCAAACGAAGGGCACCUUGCUUUGCGCUGACGCAAACCCGGCCUUCCCAAGGAGAUAUAGAAAGCGCCUCUCUAGCUGGAGCCAAACCUAGUCUUGUCAAUAGGUGGUUUCACUCUCUACCCGUUCAAUCUGUUGCCAGUUUCAGACAUGGAUUGCGGCGCUCCCCAGGAAAUGAAUAAACACCCAGCCAACAGUCUGGAGGCGGCGGUGGCGCCUGGCCACCACGAUGGCCCGUGCGCGCCCAGGACGAGCCCGGAGCAGGAGUUUCCCGCAGCCGCCGCCGCACCGCCGCCGCGUGUGCCCAGGUCCGCUUCCACAGGCGCCCAAACUUUCCAUUCCCCUGACGCUAGAGCCUGCGAGACCGAGCGACCCGGAGUGGGGGCUUGCAAACUCAGUAGUUCGCGGGCGCCGGCGGCCUCGGCGGCUCUGCGGGACUUGAGCGAGGCUCAUAGCGCACAGGCCACAGCUCCUUCUGGGGUCGCCGGGCCGGGCAACGCACUGCAUUGUAAGAUUCCAGCCCUGCGCGGCCCGGAGGGGGACGCGAAUGUGAGUGUGGGCAAGGGCACCCUGGAGCGGAACAAUACCCCGGCCGUAGGCUGGGUGAAUAUGAGCCAGAGCACCGUGGUGCUGGGCACGGAUGGAAUCACGUCCGUGCUCCCGGGCAGUGUGGCCACCGCUGCGGCCCAGGAGGACGAGCAAGGGGAUGAGAAUAAGGCCCGAGGGAACUGGUCCAGCAAACUGGACUUCAUCCUGUCCAUGGUGGGGUAUGCAGUGGGGCUGGGCAAUGUCUGGAGGUUUCCCUACCUGGCCUUCCAGAACGGGGGAGGUGCUUUCCUCAUCCCCUACCUGAUGAUGCUGGCUCUGGCGGGGCUGCCUAUCUUCUUCCUAGAGGUGUCCCUGGGCCAGUUUGCCAGCCAGGGGCCAGUGUCUGUGUGGAAGGCCAUCCCAGCCCUACAAGGUUGUGGCAUCGCGAUGCUGAUCAUCUCCGUCCUAAUAGCCAUAUACUACAAUGUGAUUAUCUGCUACACACUUUUCUACCUGUUUGCCUCCUUUGUGUCUGUGCUGCCCUGGGGCUCCUGCAACAACCCUUGGAACACGCCCGAAUGCAAAGAUAAAACCAAACUUUUAUUAGAUUCCUGUGUGAUCAAUGACCAUCCCAAAAUACAGAUCAAGAACUCGACCUUCUGCAUGACUGCCUAUCCCAACUUGACAAUGGUUAACUUCACCAGCCAGGCCAACAAGACGUUUGUCAGUGGGAGCGAAGAGUAUUUCAAGUACUUUGUGUUGAAGAUUUCUGCAGGGAUUGAAUAUCCUGGCGAGAUUAGGUGGCCACUAGCCUUCUGCCUCUUCCUGGCCUGGGUGAUAGUGUACGCAUCCUUGGCAAAAGGAAUCAAGACCUCUGGAAAAGUGGUGUACUUCACGGCCACGUUCCCGUAUGUUGUGCUCGUGAUCCUCCUCAUCCGAGGGGUCACUCUGCCCGGAGCUGGCGCUGGGAUUUGGUACUUCAUCACACCAAAAUGGGAGAAACUCACGGACGCCACGGUGUGGAAAGAUGCUGCCACUCAGAUUUUCUUCUCUCUAUCUGCUGCAUGGGGAGGCCUGAUCACGCUCUCUUCUUACAACAAAUUCCACAACAACUGCUACAGGGACACUCUCAUUGUAACCUGCACCAACAGUGCCACGAGCAUCUUUGCAGGCUUCGUCAUCUUCUCAGUCAUCGGCUUCAUGGCCAAUGAACGCAAGGUCAACAUAGAGAACGUGGCAGACCAAGGGCCAGGCAUUGCAUUCGUGGUGUACCCGGAAGCCUUGACCAGGCUGCCCCUUUCUCCAUUCUGGGCCAUCAUCUUUUUCCUGAUGCUCCUCACUCUUGGACUUGACACCAUGUUCGCCACCAUCGAGACCAUCGUGACCUCCAUCUCAGACGAGUUCCCCAAGUACCUGCGCACACACAAGCCGGUCUUCACUCUGGGAUGCUGCAUUUGUUUCUUCAUCAUGGGCUUUCCAAUGAUCACUCAGGGUGGAAUUUACAUGUUUCAGCUUGUGGACACGUACGCCGCCUCCUAUGCCCUUGUCAUCAUUGCCAUUUUUGAGCUCGUGGGGAUCUCCUAUGUGUACGGCUUGCAGAGGUUCUGCGAAGAUAUCGAGAUGAUGAUUGGAUUUCAGCCAAACAUUUUCUGGAAAGUCUGCUGGGCGUUCGUAACUCCAACCAUUUUAACUUUUAUCCUCUGCUUCAGCUUUUACCAGUGGGAGCCCAUGACCUACGGCUCGUACCGCUACCCUAACUGGUCCAUGGUACUCGGGUGGCUGAUGCUCGCCUGUUCUGUUAUCUGGAUCCCAAUUAUGUUUGUGAUAAAAAUGCAUCUGGCUCCUGGCAGAUUUAUUGAGAGGCUGAAGUUGGUGUGCUCGCCGCAGCCGGACUGGGGCCCCUUCUUAGCUCAGCACCGUGGGGAACGUUACAAGAACAUGAUCGACCCCUUGGGAACCUCUUCCCUGGGACUCAAACUGCCAGUGAAGGAUUUGGAACUGGGCACUCAGUGCUAGUCUGAUGGCACGGGAUAGCCCAGACUCGAUUCUGUUUCUCCUCUCCUCCUUCCCC